CAUUAUAUUUCAUCGAUGAAACACCGCGGUCACACUAAUCCUCAUGACAAAUGACAAAAUAAACUGAAAAUUGGAGUUGAAAUUCGCGAAAAGAUAGGCCAACGAGUGGAAGAACAAUGAGCUCGCGUAGGAGCAGGAGCGGUCCCACCCUGAACUUCAAGGCGGUGCUGCUGGGCGAAGGCUGCGUGGGCAAGACGUCGCUGGUGCUGCGCUACAUGGAGGACAAGUUCAACCCCCAGCACCUGAGCACGCUGCAGGCGUCGUUCGUGACCAAGAAGGUGACGCUGCCGGAUGAGAGGCGGGCGCAGCUGAACAUCUGGGAUACCGCCGGGCAGGAGCGCUUCCACGCGCUAGGCCCCAUCUACUAUAGGGGGUCGGACGGAGCGCUGCUGGUGUACGACAUUACCGACCAAGACUCCUUCCAGAAGGUCAAGUCGUGGGUGCGCGAGCUGAAGCAGAUGCGCGGCACCGAGAUCUCCCUCAUUAUCGUGGGCAACAAGACUGACCUGGAAGAGCAGCGGGCCAUCGGCUACGAGGAUGCCCGCCAGUACGCCCAGACUGUGGGUGCCCAGUACCUGGAGGCGUCCGCCAAGGAGAACGAGGGCGUGGCCGAGAUCUUUGAGCUGCUCACCCAGCUGAUGCUGGAACGGCUCAGCCAGCGGGAGCGGGAGGCUGAGCCCGCGAGUCCCCUGCGGCUGCAGGCACUAGAUGCGGACGACGCCGUCAGUGUGUCGGACGGAGAUCAGAGUGACGGCACUGGAACCGGUAAUCGUUCCUGCUGCGGCAUCUAGGAGCUGCGCGUUGCGGGGGGCCGCCCAGCGCCGUCCAUUGUGAUAAUAUAUAAUGUACCAGUAGAUCUGUAGCCGAUGUUUGUCUGUAUAUACUAUAUAGAUAUAUAUAUAUAUAUAAUUACUUAUAUGUAUAUGAUUAUGUUACCAAAUUAUCUUUUGUUUAAGUGGUCCCUGAUGAUCUGUAUUUGUUGUAAUCCCCACAUUAACCCCAAUCCCUGGAUUAGCCAUUAAUAAUUGUUCUGCAAUGAUUCCAUGAUACCCUGCUCUUUGUGUGCGUCAAGCAAUAAAAUAUCUUGUACUAGCACUUAUCUGCAUUAUAUUUGUGUGAUAAGAAACCCAUCACAUCCCCCCACCCCCUCCGCAAUCAUCAGCUGCGAGUGAAAUUUCGCAUGAAUUUGGAAUCUUUAUCUGGAGUGUGCUGCCAGCUGUGCACACUCAUUGGCCCGCCACUGUAUGCAAGCAGUUCAGCACUUACUACCUCGCCCACUACUGUAUGUAACUGCAUGGUUAAAUCGCUAGCUUUGCUCGUUAAAUUUGAAGUAUGAACAUUUUAAUGUGUGAAUUGAGUAGAUAUUGGGAAUAUGCAAUGGAUAAACGGAUUUAUGAUAGUAAAUUAAUAUCAAUAGGUACAAAAUUCGAAUAAACCUUUAAACUACUACAGA